AUGAAGUUCACCAUCGCUGCCCUUUCCCUCGCUGCCGUCGCGGCCGCCAACCCUGUGGAACCACGCCAAUCCUGCCCGAAAGUCUACGUCUUCGGCGCACGUGAGACAACCGCCCCUGCUGGCUACGGCACUGCUGGUGGCCUCGUCAACCAAGUGGUUUCUGCAUACCCAGGAACUGGCUCUGAGGCGAUUGUUUACCCAGCCUGCGGUGGCCAGUCCUCCUGCGGCGGCGCUAGCUAUGACAGCUCUGCUUCGCAAGGCACCGCAGCAGUCGUCAAGGCCGUAACAGCCUACAACCAGAAGUGCCCCAGCACGCAGAUUGUGCUUAUCGGGUACUCCCAGGGCGGACAAAUCAUGGACAACGCCCUCUGCGGUGGCGCCGGCUCCACGCUCAGCGGUAACGCCCUGAAUGCCGUCAAAGCCGCCAUCUUCAUGGGCGACCCCCACAACCGUGCCGGUCUCCCAUACAACGUCGGCACGUGCACUGCGCAGGGUUUCGCCGCCCGUCCCCAGGGCUUCCAGUGCUCGCCCGCCAGCACGAGCAUCAUCAAGAGCUACUGCGACUCCACCGACCCGUACUGCUGCAAUGGAAACGACGCCAACUCGCACCAGCAGUACGUCAACAAGUACGGCUCGCAGGCGCUCGCUUUCAUCAAGAGCAAGAUCUCAUAG